AUGAGUAGUGAUUCUGAGCCAGAAGAGUUGCUUAUGGCGACCCGUUCUCGAAGAGCAAAUGCUGGUAAUAAAAUGCAAAAGCUACUUCAGCAAGAACUUGAGGAUGUUCAGAAGCAGACGAGUAUGCUUGGGGAUGAUGAAAUUAAUCUUUUGUUCCAAGAAGACGAAGAAGAUGAAGAAUUCACCUUCGAAUCGAAAAAAAGGUUGGAGGACGAAGAUAUGUUCAGUGAUUCAGGGGACGAAUUAUCGGAGGCCAGUGACGCAGAUGAAGGAGAGAAAGAGCUUCAAAAGCAAGAGCGUCAGAAGCGUAAGCUGAUACAAAAGAAGAAGAGUAGGGUACCUGUAAUCAAGAGACCCAAAAAGGCACCAGUAGAUAAAAUUUCAAAAUCUACCAUAGAUGAGAUUAACGCUGAAAGUCUUUUGACCGAAUCGCGUAGAACAUCUAAAAGAAGUGCUGUAGUGGCCAAUAAGUUAAAGGUAUACGAGAACUUAACACAGGCAGAGAAACGUCGUAAAAUUAUUCAGGAAAAACUACGUAAACAAAGAGAGAAGCAAAGUCUCAAACCAUUAACGCAGGAGGAACGGUUGAAAGUUGCUGAGGAAACGGAGCGGAUCAAUGUUUCCUCUUUGAACAAAUAUAAAGAACAAGAACUAAGCAAGAAGCAGACGAGGUUGGCUAUGCAGUUACGGGAAAAAAUGAAAUUUAAGGAUGGGGAACAUAUCAUUAGAUGGCUUUCCACACAAUGGGAAGUUUCUCCCUUAGUGGAGCUUGAGGACAGAGCAUAUUGGGAACUGUAUACUUCUAAAAGAGAUAAAACCAAAAAGAAGUAUGUUCGAAGAAGGAAAGCUCAGAUUGAAGAAGACAAUUUGAGAGAGGAAAAUAAGGCAAAUACGGCGAACGAAAAUGAAAAGGAGUCAUCGGUUGAUGUUAUUAAUAAGUCAGAAACUAUACCAAACGCCGAAAAUGAAUUAACGGCAUCUUCUGAAAAUUCCUCUCGGGAAGACUCAUCUUGCCCUCCAAUCGUUAUGUCUACACCAGAACGUGAAAAUGAAAUACAAGAAGAAACUUCUGCGAAAGUUGACGUUGAAAACAACACUGUCACAACCGACACGCCAACUUUAGACAAAUCACUGAAAGAAGCAUCUUCUACAGAAUCCCCCACGGCUGCGUUAUCAGUAGAGACUAUUGAAAGCGUGGAAAGGACCCAAUUUGGAUCACAAGAAGAUGAUUGCAAACAAAUAUGCACUGAAUCUCCAACAUUAUCCUCAGCGGAAUCCAGGUCAAAUGAUAAGAUAGUUUUGAAAGAAGCAGCCGAUAUUUCUAAUCAAAAUAUUGAAACUGUUAAGCAUAUUACCUUCGCCGAAACAGAUCAAAUUUCUCUUAUUAACUCCGAAGAUCCUCCUAUUUUUGUGCAAUCCUCGAUGGAGGCAACAGAUCUAGUUGAAUCAGGCGAGCUCGGUGAAAAAGUUGAAGUAAAGGAAGAUAGUGAAGAAAAAGUUGAUGAUGUUUUAGAAGAACUGGAACCCACAUACGAAGGCCCCGUGCAAAGGGUUGGGAAAAAUUUCGUCAUUUUAUAUACCUUCCCUGACCACCCCAUUGCCACCCAAAAUUCUGAGGUACGGAAAAUUAUUCUUGGUAAAAACUGGGUACUUCCUUCAAAGGCAAGACCUGAUGAACUUGAAACUUUGAUGAAGAUUACCAGCUCUGAAGAACAGGAACCGCUUCAAUCGAUUCUAAUUCCAGAUAUGUCAAUUUUGGAUAAAUUCCCACGUUUUGGUGAAUUCAAUAAGAAGACUCUAAGAACUGUAACAAUCGACACAACAAAGAAGGAUAAAAUUGAAAUUAGGACUGAAGCACCGACUGGUGUGUUUUUACCGAACGGGAUUCGUAAAAACUGCCUUAUUACUAAUAGAGAGUGUAAAUAUUUUGAUCCAAAGAACGGUGUACCGUAUUCUGACGUUGAGGCAAUUAAGACCAUCCAGCUGUUACAGGAAUACUAUGACGACAAUGGUGAACCCAUUGAACCGAAAUUCAAAUGGUACGGUUUCGGUAGAGGAGGUAUUUAUCUUGAUGUCCACCAAAAGCCAGCUAGUGGUGUACCAGAAGGAUUUGUUUAA